UUCUGUUCAUUUCAACGCUGGAUAGUACUAUAGUGUCGAUUUGGUAGUUGGUGCUCGACUGUCUGAAUUGUAUUUCUGUCUCCUCCUGAAAGCGGGCAGAGUCUUCCAGUCCGCCUGGUGUCGCUGUGUGCCCCAAUUUGCAGCGAGGAUAUUUCCGAGCUCCUGAGGAGGUGAUGCUGCUGUCACGCUGUCCUCUCCAGAAACUGCUUCUCCCAGGACAAUGGCUGCGCUCCUUCUACUCCACCGAGACCCGCACGAACCCCCUGAACAUCCAGAUGCUUUCCAAGAACCUCCACGAGCAGAUCUUCCGGGGAGUGGAGCCGGCGUACCAGCCGGACGCUGUGGAGAGGAGCGUUCGACACCUGCAGAAGCAUCAGCUCUGGGACAAGGACUCGCCGCUGCUGCCAGAUGUGCAGUUGAAGCUUUCAGAAAUGUACGGCCAGAACGUGGACCAGCACUUCCGCGUCCUGGCUCAGAAGCAGAGCCUUCCGUACCUGGAGGCGGCCACAGCUCUGCAGUUGGCGUCUCUCCCGCGCAUGCCUAGCAAGUGGAGGUGGGAUGCUGGAUGGACUCGCUAUGGACCGAACGGGGAGAGCCAAAGAGUGGAUUUUCCAGAGGAGGAGGCUUUGGUGUUUGAUGUGGAGGUGUGCAUCACAGAGGGGAAGUGCCCGACACUGGCUGUCGCUGUGUCUCCUACUCACUGGUAUUCCUGGUGCAGCAGACGCCUCAUUGAAGAGCGCUACUCGUGGUCCGAGCAGCUGACCCCAUCUGAUCUCAUCCCCCUGGAGACCCCGACGAACUCUGUCCGUCCCCCGGGGGGUCAGUGGAAGGAGAAGCUUGUCGUGGGUCAUAAUGUCAGUUUCGACAGGUCCUACAUCAAGGAGCAGUACUUGCUGAAGGGCUCGAAGGUGCGCUUCAUUGAUACCAUGAGUCUUCACAUGGCCAUCUCAGGCCUCACCGGCUUCCAGCGGACUCUGUGGAUGGCCAACAAGACGGGCAAGAGGAGGGGCCUUCAGGGGGUGAAGCAGCAUAUGAAGAAAGCGGGACAGAGUAAAGACGGACCAAAGGUGGGCUCCUGGGACUGGGUGGAUAUCAGCAGCAUCAAUAACUUGGCUGACGUCCACGCGCUGUACGUGGGCGGCCCACCGCUGGAGAAGGAAGCCAGAGAAACCUUCGUCAAAGGCAGCAUGGCGGAUGUCCGGAACAACUUCCAGGAGUUAAUGCAGUACUGCGCCUUGGACGUCCUGGCCACGCAUGAGGUCUUCACCGAGCAGCUGCCUCUGUUCAUGGAGAGGUGUCCGCAUCCUGUUACGUUGGCGGGGAUGCUGGAGAUGGGCGUGAGCUACCUACCCGUCAAUCAGAACUGGGGGCGCUACCUGGAGGAUGCUCAGGACGUUUAUGAGGAGCUGCAGAGGGAGCUGAAGAAGUCGCUGAUGACGCUGGCCGACGAUGCCUGUCAGCUCCUGCACGACGGCCGAUACAAAGAAGACCCCUGGCUGUGGGAUCUGGAGUGGGACGUGCAGGAGUUCAAGCAGAAGAAACUGCCAGUCAGCAAGAGGAAGCUUGCCAAUAAAGCAGCUGAGAUAAAAGCUGCUACUCCGCUGCCCAACUACGAGGAAGACCCUGGUCCUCCAUCUGAAGAGGAAACGAACGCCCCGAGUUCCGGGAGACUGGCUGUGGACAAGCUGAAGGAGACAGUGAACCGAUUGCCAAAAAGAAGGCAGCACCUCCCUGCUCACCCAGGCUGGUAUCGUAAGCUCUGCGAGAAGAUGUCCGAGGAGGAGAGCUGGUCUCCUGGAGCCAGCCUGAUCAGCCUCCAGAUGAGGGUCACCCCCAAGCUCAUGGGACUGACGUGGGACGGGUUCCCACUCCACUACUCGGAGAAGCAUGGGUGGGGCUACCUGGUCCCGGGGCGCAGCGACGGCAUAAGCCACGAGGAGGAGAGUCCUGGUCCAGUCUGCCCACAUCGAGCCAUCGAGAAGAUUUACAGGGAACAUUGUGAGCAGAACAGCAAAGAGCAGCCGGAGCAUCCGGAGGUCAGCGCGUCAGAUGACCUGAACUGGACGGACAGCACCGCGUGGGCGAAGGUGGAGGAGUUUGGUGCUCGGGAGGCCAUAGCUGACGGAAAUGGAGACAAGAUCUCAAAAAACGGAAAACAAAGGGAUGAGACUCAGUGUCCGUAUCACCAUGGCAACGGCCCCUACAGCGACGUGAACAUACCCGGGUGUUGGUUCUUCAAAUUACCUCACAAGGAUGGAAAUCACAACAACGUGGGGAGUCCUUUUUCCAAAGACUUUCUUCCCAACAUUGAGGACGGAACGCUGAGGGCAGGGAGGGGCGGAACCAACGCCGCACGGGCGCUGGAGAUCAAUAAGAUGAUGUCGUUCUGGAGAAACGCCCAUAAGCGAAUCAGCUCUCAGAUGGUGCUGUGGCUGAGGAAAGGGGAGCUUCCUCGGUUUGUCACCAGGCACGCAGACUUUGACGAAGAGGGGCAGUACGGCGCCAUUUUGCCUCAGGUUGUGACGGCCGGCACCGUCACUCGUCGGGCAGUGGAGCCAACAUGGCUGACAGCCAGCAACGCACGACGUGACCGAGUGGGCAGUGAGCUGAAGGCCAUGGUGCAGGUGCCACCCGGGUAUCACCUGGUCGGCGCCGACGUGGACUCUCAAGAGCUGUGGAUCGCAGCGGUGCUGGGAGAGGCUCACUUCGCAGGGAUACAUGGCUGCACAGCGUUUGGAUGGAUGACCCUCCAGGGCAAGAAGAGUCAAGGCACUGACUUGCAUAGCCGCACCGCAGACGCCGUGGGCAUCAGCCGAGAACAUGCCAAAGUCUUCAACUAUGGCCGCAUCUACGGAGCCGGGCAGCCGUUCGCUGAGCGACUGCUCAUGCAGUUCAACCAUCGCCUGGGUCAGGCUGAAGCGGCCAGCAAAGCCCGGCAGAUGUACGCUCUCACCAAGGGGAUUCGCAGGUAUCACUUGUCAGAGGAAGGCGAGUGGCUGGUGAAGGAGCUGGACAUAGAUGUGGAAAGGGAGCAGGAUGGAAGUGUGUCCCUGCAGGAGCUGAGGAGGAUCAGUCGACUUGCUGCUCAGAGUUCUCGAAGGAGACGGUGGGAGAUUGCGGGAAAGCGUGUGUGGUAUGGAGGCACAGAGUCCGACAUGUUCAACAAACUGGAGAGCAUCGCUCACUCGGAGCAGCCGGCCACUCCGGUCCUGGGCUGCCGGAUCAGCAGAGCCCUGGAGCCAAGCGCAGUCAAAGAUGAGUUCAUCACCAGCAGGGUCAACUGGGUGGUUCAGAGUUCAGCGGUGGACUAUCUCCACCUCAUGCUGGUGGCCAUGAGGUGGCUGUUUGAGGAGCACGACAUCGACGGACGCUUCUGCAUCAGCAUCCACGACGAGGUCCGGUACCUGGUCCGCAGCGAGGACAGAUACCGGGCGGCCUUGGCUCUUCAAAUCACCAACCUCCUCACCCGGUGCAUGUUCGCACAUGCGUUAGGGAUGCAGGACCUUCCGCAGUCGGUGGCUUUCUUCAGCGCGGUUGACAUCGACCAGUGUCUGAGGAAGGAGGUCAACAUGGACUGUGUGACUCCUUCAAAUCCAGCAGGACUGGAGAGAAGAUUUGGCCUCGCUCCUGGUGAAGCCCUGGACAUCUACCAAAUCAUGGACAUCACCAAAGGUUCCUUGAGUAAAGGACGGUAGCACACACACGACCUCUAGGCUUUUGCUUGUUUCCUUUUCUUCUGCUUGGGUUCUUGGGUUUCAUCCACCUCCUGCGACUCUGCGGCCUGAAACAAACCUUCAGUUAGAGGUGGAAGACCACAGGGUUAAAGGUGGGAACAGACCUCCUGACUCUGGUCCUGCUCCUGCAGAGCUGCGUCCAGCGUGGCUGCGUUGAUGCGGAAGUCUCUGGAGGUGCUUAGUUUCAUGUACUGCAUCAGGUUCACCUGGGGGACGACAGCAACCCAAAACUGUUUUCAUGACUCUACAAGUGCCUUCAGUCCAUGCAGUUUUAUUUGGUCCACUCGUGCCAGUGAAAGGCAGCAGGCCUUGUGAAGACCCACCUUCGACUUCUUGGACAGCGCGAUCAGAUACUUCUCAUACUGCUCGAUACUGAAGAUCAAAUUGGGGAUUGCCUUCGUCUCCCGCAGGAGUUUAGCCUGAUUGAAGGAAAAAAAACAAAAGAAUUCCAGAUGUAAUAACCCAACCACAGCUGUUAACACUGUCAAAACAUUAUUUUUUUAUAAGGAAUAAACUUCUCCAUGAAUGUGUUCUCACAGAAGCCACUGGGUUGACUUCAUUUUUCUUCUUCUUCUUCUUGUCAUCUGCACCUCCAGCGGACAUCUCUCCAUUCUACAGGGAUAUUUCACAGUACACUGCAGGUUAAUGACUUUAAAACUUCACAAUUGAUGCACAGUUAAGUGACAUGUUAAAGUGAAACAUAGCUGAGAACAUCAGUGACAGGAAAUUCAGAACUGGGGCUGCAUUGUGACAUUGGAUCAUGCUACGUUCUAGGAUUUUGACUUAGCAUUUUGACUUUUAAAGAAGCACAAAGACACACGAAGGUGUUGGGUGAGGAGAAGCUGGAACAGGUGAAGACACUGAGAGGAUGUUACCUGGACGUAUGUGAUGAAAGAGUAGCACUGUGGCGUCAGGUGGGACCCGGAGAGUUUCACCUGCACAGGAAACGUAUUGAGAAAAGCUGGCGGCUGUUUGGACCACAGUGUCUCCGACUCACCAACUUCUCGA